AGAAGAAGAAGAAGAAGAAGAAGAAGGCGGCGGUGGCGGCGGCAGUAGUAGUAGUAGUAGUGGCAGUGAACACCGAAUUUAUGCUGCAGUCUCGCCUCUGAGCUAAAAGCAUUGUUGUCCCAUUUCGGCGUCUGUACAUUUCCAGGAAGUUCUAGCUAACGCGUUGCAUUCAUUCAAUCCUGUGAAUUCACAUCCCGGUUUCAGCUGGUAGAUAGAUAGAUCGUUUCUAGAAUACUUUAUUAUAACUUGACACUCAAAAUGCGCAGAAGGACAGACGGUCAAGAAGCCACUGGAGAUGCUAGGACAGUCAAAAGGACUGACAGACAGACUGCAGGUUCAGGAGAGACCAGUCAACAACAGCAACAACAUCAACCACAACAAGGGGCUAAAACGAGCAGGUGCUGGUCGACUGUUACCUCAGUUGGAAAAUGUCUCCUCCUCAUCAUCCUCAUCCCUCCCUUUCUGAACUAUGCAUCAUUGCAAAGAGAGGGCCAACUGUUACUGCCAGAAGGUGGUGAAAUUAUAGAUAUCGGUUUAGGUCAAAAGAUGCACCUGAUGUGCAAAGGACAAGGACAGCCAGUUGUCAUACUGGAUGCCCCCACUGGUAUGUCCUCUGACAUCUGGUUCCAUGUACAAGAGAACAUUGCACUGCUAACCAAGGUGUGCACUUAUGACAGAGUGGGACUGGGGUUCAGUAAAAGAGUCCUGCAGAAUGAAAGUACAGGGACGGAGAAAGUCUGGGGGAUGUCAACCACUGGACGAAUGGUGGACAACCUCCACCGCCUCAUCGGUUUAGCUGGUCUAGCCACGCCUCUCAUCCUGGUGGGGUCUGAACUGGGCACGCUCAACGCCAGGUUCUACAGCCAUAUCCAUGACGCGCAGGUGUCAGACCUUGUCCUUAUUGAUCCCAUUCCAGAGGACAUCUUUGAGGAGGACCAGUGGCAGAAGUACUGGUACAGUCAGCUGGUGCCAUCCCUCCAAGCUAUGCAAUUCUCAGCUGCCACAGGCAUCAGCCGCAUCCUCAUCAUUCUGGGGCUGCUUAAGCCAGCCAUCAUGGGGGACAACAUCGCUGAAGACCUCAUACAGAGACAGAAGUACCUCCUCAGUAACCCCGCCCACCAGAGCAGUGCUGUAGAUGAACAUUUUUUCCUGAAUGAAAGUGCUUCUCAAGUCAGGGAAAUCUCCAAAUUUAAACCCCUCUCCAGUAGGACUUCUGUGAGUGUGAUUAUUGGGGAUUCUUUCGAUGAGCAAAUUCCUGCUGCUCUAAACCAAGUGGUGGCCCAGCUUCAGAAGACGUUACUGGAGCAGACAUACCCCUCGGCCAACCAGAUCCAUGUUAAAGGAGGGGACCGCAGGAUGAUCUACAAGAGGCCGUCUGUUGUUAGCAAACACCUGUUGAAGCUGGUGUCCCAACGGCAGUCCAAACAGCAGAGCCAAUGACCAUAGAGAUCUAUAGAAGACAUCUAGUUCUAUUGCUCUAAUUUCAAGGUUCAAAUUCUGUGCCAGUGACACACUGAUUCUGCUGCCAAAUGUCUCAACUACACUCACAACUGGAAGAUGAAGUCAUAUGUCAGAGGUUCCAUGUUUAGUUUUUUUCCAGUGAUGAUUUUUGACAGGAACACAUGUCAAGUAUAUAUGUCCACAAAUGAAACUGGUUUCAAUCGAUUGAUUUAUUAUUUGUAUACUUUAUUACAAGUACAAAUAUCAGACAGUUUUGCCUUAAUGUUUGUAAAUAAAUAAUAAAGUAUUCUGAAUUUGUGUCUGUUAA